AUGAUGAUGAUCGAGUCAGCCAUGGCCGUACGAUUCCACGCCGGCGCAAAGCUCUGCCCCUCCACCUCCAUGACUUCAUAUCGUCCAACGCGGAGCUCGGAGGACGCGGCCGGAGCCGUACACGUCACUUCUUGCCGCCUUUCGUGCUCUGGUGGUUUUGGCGUGCCGCGGAGUCGAAUUCGACGGUCAAAGAAUGGUUCAGUUGCAAAAAGGAGCAAUUUUGUAAAGAACAGGCCUAUUCGAGCAUCCCUGGGGCAGUUAGGGCCGGGUUCAGAGCCUAUAAAGCCGAAUGGGAGGCCACAAUACCAUCCAUUUGAGGAUAUUGCUGAGUCCAAAUUAGAGACUAAUGGAACUGCUAGACUUACAGCUGCAGAAUCUGCUAGGACCAUUAUUGAGGUUAACAGCAAAGCAACGCUCAUGUUUUCAAGUUUGAUAAACGACGAAGUUCAUGAAAAUAUUAUCUGUCCGGAUUUGCCUUAUGUAACCGAUGAACAUGGAAAUAUCUACUUUCAAGUGAAGGAUAGUGAAGACACUAUGCAAUCCCUAACUUCAGAAAAUAAUUAUGUGCAAGUUAUUAUUGGCUUAGAUACUAUGGAAAUGAUCAGUGAGAUGGAGUUACCCGAAAUUGAUUUUGGAAUGGAUGGGAUUGAAGAUGAAGAUAGUGAUGUUGAAGAUGAUAAUGAUAAUGAUGAGGAUGAUGAUGAAGAAGAUGGUGACUACGAUUCGGAUUGGGUUGCUGUUCUUGAAGAUGAAGACGAAGACGAAGACGAUAUGGAUGAUUCUGACAAGUCUCUUGGAGACUGGGCAAAACUGGAGACUAUGCGUUAUUCUCACCCAAUGUAUUUUGCCAAGAAGCUAACUGAGGUUGCUUCUGAUGACCCUAUAGAUUGGGCGGAGCAGGCUCCUGCUAGUUUGGCUAUUCAAGGCCUUAUAAGGCCCGCAUUAAUUGAAGAACAUUCUGUCAUCCAAAAGCAUAUGUCUGAUCAUCAAUCUAGUAAUGAUGGCGUAGAUUCAGUAGGGAGUAUCGUAGAAGAUGAUUUAGAAGAUCCUGUUAGGAUUAAUGGCCAUGAAUCAGGAUCUUCCAAGGAUAGUCCAGUCCAAGCAGAGGAAUUGGAGACCAAGAAGGAUGAAAUAUCAAGAAAUGGGACUACAUUUUACAAACUGGAGAUGGUUAAGAUUCAGCUGUUUUCAUCACAUGGAAAUCAGACUGUUGUUGAAGUAGAAGAUUUUGUAAAAGCUCAACCUGAUGCCAUUGCACACUCGGCAGCUAAAAUUAUUUCUCGUUUGAAUGCUGGUGGAGAAAAGACCACACAAGCUCUCAAGUCCCUCUGUUGGAGACUAAAGGGUCUUCAAGUGGAGGAGGCAGUACUUAUUGGUGUAGAUUCCCUUGGAUUUGACUUAAGGGUUUGCUCAGGGACACAAGUCCAGACAUUGCGAUUUGCACUUAAUACACGGGCCACUUCUGAGUACAGUGCUGAGAGACAACUUAAUGAUCUACUUUUCCCAAGGAUCCAGCACAAACCACAAACAGUGAAACAAAGUUAG